GAGCAUGCGCAGUGGGUGUUCCUGUGCCGCCGCCCAUCAGCUGAGAGUUGCAGCUGGGGGCUGUGGGGCCCCGGGGUGACAGCGGCCGCUGGAGGAGGAGGAAGCCGAAGUGGUCAGGGUGACUGCUGUGAAAUCUGCACAGCCCACCAACAGCUGAUGAAAUUAGUGAAUCAGCCAUGUCUUACACUCCAGGAAUCGUUGGGGACCCCGCCCAGCUGGCCCAGCGCAUCUCAUCCAACAUCCAGAAGAUCACACAGUGUUCUGUGGAAAUACAAAGGAGCCUGAAUCAACUUGGAACACCUCAAGAUUCUGCUGAAUUGAGGCAACAGCUGCAACAGAAGCAGCAGUAUACUAACCAACUUGCCAAAGAAACUGAUAAGUACAUUAAAGAAUUUGGAUCGCUGCCUACCACUCCCAGUGAACAGCGUCAACGGAAAAUACAGAAGGAUCGCUUAGUGGCUGAAUUCACGACAUCACUGACAAACUUUCAGAAGGUCCAGAGGCAAGCUGCUGAAAGAGAGAAAGAGUUUGUUGCUCGCGUAAGAGCCAGUUCCAGAGUGUCUGGUGGUUUUCCUGAGGACAGCUCAAAAGAAAGGAAUCUUGUAUCCUGGGAAAGCCAAACCCAGCCUCAAGUGCAGGUGCAGGAUGAGGAAAUCACAGAGGAUGAUCUCCGCCUUAUUCAUGAGAGAGAGUCUUCUAUCAGGCAACUUGAAGCUGAUAUUAUGGAUAUUAAUGAAAUAUUUAAAGACUUGGGAAUGAUGAUUCAUGAACAAGGAGAUGUGAUAGACAGCAUAGAAGCCAAUGUAGAAAACGCAGAGGUGCAUGUUCAACAAGCAAAUCAGCAGCUGUCAAGGGCAGCAGAUUAUCAGCGCAAAUCCAGAAAAACCCUGUGCAUCAUCAUUUUAAUCCUCGUCAUUGGAGCUUUCAUUGUUGGUCUCCUUAUAUGGAAGCUGAGCAGCUGAAGUUAUCAAGGAGCAUACUAUUGCACUACAUUGUCUAUCACGUGGGGAGACUCCUGUAACCACUUUUUUUUCCAAAGCUGUUGCGUAAAGGACGGUUCCCAUACUUUUUGUUAUUUUUAUGGAGGGCUUGGGGGUAGGGGGAGUUUCCUUUGAAUUAAAUCUGGUAUUUUCUAAUAAUGAAAGUUUUUCUAAAUAUUGCUGGUAUAACUCUCAUGGUUUUCAAUUUAAUAACUGUUAGGUUUUUGCCCACAAUGUAUAGGCUUUUCAUUUAUAAUUUAUUUACCCUAUUUGAUUUAGUUUUUGGAAUUCGUCAGUUUAAAGCUGUGUGUGUUCUGUGUGCAUCUCUCUAUUACUCUGUAACAUGUACCCAAAUCUGUACCAAAAUCUGUAACAUUAGUUUUGGUCUGGUUCACAAACAGCACAAAUGAUCUCUUUCACUUUUACUGUUUGUUUUCUUUUGAGACCCUUGUUUACUCUGAAUGAAAUCAGUGAAAAAUAUCCUAUUAUAUCUCAUACUCCUGAUAUGUACAUAGUAAGCAUUUGCUGUAGAUUGUCUAGUAAAAAUACUAAGGAUAGAUUGUUUUUACAUAUGGUCUAUUUAAGUGUGAUGUUUACAGAGAAAGUAUUGUUACUAUGAAUGUUUAAUGUAAUGUGGAGAAAGAGUGUGAAAUAUUAUCAUACCAACAUUUAUUCUGUUUCAGUUCUGAAGAUCCCAACUUGUUACUCCACUAAACUCUCUUAACAAUACCAUCUGGCUCUGCAGGCUAUUAUUUACCUUCCAUUGGGACCUAUAAGAUAAUGAUUACUUGUGAAUCUGUGGGUCAGAAUUACUUUUGGGAAACAGCUUUCCCACAAUUACUGGUUUUGAGCACCUAAUUAUUUAAAAUUUAGUGUUUGUUGUAUGUCAUUUGUACCAUCUUUCCUUAGAAAAGAAAUUGGAUGUUUGCCGAUUUCCUUGCCUUUGAAAAUCAAUUUUGUUUUAACUAAUCUGAAUACUGUAAAGAAGAUAAUCUUAGUUUCUAGUUUGUAUUUUAUAAGGUUCUAAUAUAGCAGUUUCAUAGUAAAGGCAGUGUUUAACACAACAAGCUGACACUUCAAAUGGGAACAAAUGAAACCCUAAGAAAGUUAAUUGUGUCUUUGCAACCACAAUAAAAGUGAUUUGAAAAGUGUUCCAAUAGGUCUGUUUCAUAAGGCAGAAGUUACUUUCACAGAGCCAACACGUAGGUCACCUUUUUGUCUGUGCUACUUAGAGUCUCACACUGUAGGUGUAACCCCAUGCACGGUGACCAUUCCACAUCUUUUGGGAUCACUGCUUUACUCACAGUUCUUAUUUUGGGGAUCUGGACUAGUUUUGUACUAAUUGCUAGAAGCUUCUUUGCAUGUCAGCAAAACUCAGUUUGUUCCACAAAAGGAACUAUGGAGAAUUUUUUUUUUUUUUUUUUUUUUGUGAAUGAAUGAGGAGUAAUUAGAACUUUGAGGCACUGUGUUGCCGGAAUCCAAUUGCUUUAGUGAGCAGAUGGGCCUUUCAGGGAGAAUUCACACCAGUAACACCUGCUCAGUGGUCAGCAGAGGUCCACCAGGCCUGCUAGAUUGUCUUUCUUUGUAAGAGCACCUCUGUUUCAUGUGAUAAGCUAGCAUCUUCAGCUACAUAGAAGUCCCAGUGGCUUCCACAAAUCAAAUUGUUUUAUGUUGUUUGUGACAAUUGCGCUUGAUAGAAUGUUUAUUCUUAUACAGCCAAGUGCAUUUACUUCUGUUACUUCACAGUGAGUUCCCAGUAACAACCAGAGCAUUUUUAAAUAUUAUUUUUGGCAUAAUUUUAGUACUUUCAUUUAAAAUGAAUUAUUUAUAAAUUAUUAUUUAAAAAUGAUCAUUUUUAAUGUUUAUUUACUUAUUUAAAAGACAAAGUAACAGCGAGAGAAAGACAUAUCUUGCAUCUGCAGUUUCACUCCCCAAAUGUCGGCAACAGCCAGGUCAAACCUGAGAGCUAGAACUCCAUCUGGGUUGGCAUCCAUCUGGAUGGCAAGGACUCAGUUGCCGGAGUCAUGGAGCUACUGCUUCCUGGAUUGCACCAUUAGCAGAAAACUGGAUGGGUAGUAGAGUAACCUGAACUCAAACCAGGCACUCCAAUAUGGGAUGCAUUCCAAGUGGUGGCUCCUGCUGUGUUAUAAUGCCUGCCCCCUAUUAUUUUAUUUUAUUUUAUUUUAUUAUUUUAUUAUUAUUUUAAUAGACACAAGAAACAAUGACUUACAGCAGGAACUUUAGUGGCUUGCAUUCUUUUCUCUUUUUGACACAGAAACUUUGAAUUUUUUUUUUUUAGGUUUAUUUUACUUAUUUGAAAGGCAGAGUUAGAGAGAGAGAGAGAGAUCUUCCAUAUGCUGGUUCAUUCCCCAAAUAGCCACAACUACCGGGGCUGGGCCAGGCUGAAGCCAGGAGUCAGGAACCCCAUCUGGGUCGCCCAUGUAGGUACAGAGGCCUAAGUACCUGGGCCAUCUUCUACUGCAUUGGAAGUAGAGCAGACUGUACUUGAACCAGCACUCAUGGGAUAUUGGUAUUGCAGGCAGGAACUUAACCUACUAUGCCCCAAUGCCAGCCCCUAAGAAACACUAUUUUGAGUGGAAAAUUUUCACGAAAUACUUGGAAUGUAAGAAUAGUCUUCAUUAGAAAAAAAAACUAAAUGAAGUACAUCAUACAGAAACCUUUUUUGACAUUUUCCUUAAGGUCAAUUUUAGAAUCACGUUGAAAGGGAAAGAUUGCACUAUAGAAAAUAAAAUCAGAUAUUUUCAUGACCAACAGCAUGUCAAUCAGUUUGAGUCAAACUAAGGAAAAUUCUUAUCAAAUGACACAUCUGACCAACACAGAUUAACUCUCCUCUUAAGCUGAAUGAUGGAGUGGCAACAGAUAUUUGGCCAAUGUAUUGGACAUCAAAUAUUAGAAAAUGUUUUGACUUUACAAAAUGAUUGAUAGUAAAAGAAUAGCGUGCUGUUUCGAGACAAUGAGGCGUUAUUCAGUAGGCAGGGGGUCAUCUGUAAAUGAAGUAUAAUGGAUGGAGCUCAGUUGGACAGGACCCCAUGAACACAUUGUCUGGAGUUGAGUCAGUUGAGCAUGCUCAGAGCCCAGCAGCAUCUGUGUUGGUGACCAAAAAACUUCUCCUUAAAGAGGUUGCCUCUGGGUCAUUCAGUGUCUUCACUGCUUUUGUUAAAAAUGAUAAAAUUGCCGGCGCCACAGCUCAAUAGGCUAAUCCUCUGCCUGCGGCACCGGCACCUCAGGUUCUAGUCCCUGUUGGGGAGCUGGAUUCUGUCCCGGUUGCUCCUCUUCCAGUCCAGCUCUCUGCUGUGGCCCGGAAGUGCAGUGGAGGAUGGCCCAAGUGCUUGGGCCCUGCACCCGCAUGGGAGACCAGGAAAAGCACCGGGCUUCUGGCUUCGGAUCAGCACGGUGUGCCGGCCACAGUGCGCCGGCCACAGCGGCCAUUGGGGAGUGAACCAACAGAAAAGGAAGACCUUUCUCUCUGUCUGUCUCUCACUGUCCACUCUGCCUGUCAAAAAAAUAAUAAUAAAAUAAAAAUUUUUUAAAAAUGAUAAAAUUGGGGCCGGCACUGUGGUGUAGAGGGUAAAGUCACCGCCUGCAGCACUGGCAUCCCAUAUGGGCACCAGUUCAAGUCCCGGCUGCUCCACUUCAUAUUAAGCUCUGCUAUGGCCUGGGAAAUCAGUAGAAGAUAGCCCAAGUCCUUGGGCCUCUGCGCCAACGUGGGAAGACUCAAAGGAAGCUCCUGGCUCCUGACUUUGGAUCGGUGCAGCUCCCACAGUUGCAACCAACUGGGGAGUGAACCAGUGGAUGGAUGCUCUCUCUCUCUCUCUGCCUCUCCUUUCUCUGUGUAACUCUGACUUUCAAAUAAAUUAAUAAAUCUUUUAAAAAUGCAUAAAUUUUGUACCAAGAAAGCUAUGUCAUGAGUGCCAAACUUCAGAUUUUCCACUCAGUAGACUGGAUAAAGUAGUGUGUCAUGAAGUUGACAGGUGAACACUUUUUUCCCCUUCAUGCUAAUUUUAAAUAUUUCACACAUCAUUCAGGAAAACAAAAACUACUCAGUGCAUUGGAAACAUAAAGCUGUAGAGAGAAUCUCUGGCAUCAGAGGGUGGGAGAGAGAAGGUGUUUGCAGCACUGGAGCAUGGACUUCUCAGGAAGUCCCAUUUAGCUUGAAGACAUGCAGGGCUCCUUCUCAGUCUGCAGCUGUGGGUCUCAAGGAGCUGUCACCCACAUCUCAGCUGUUACUACCACCAAGCAGCAAGUGACUUGCAAAGGAUCAGGCUGCUGUGAGGCCCCUGUGUCCAGUCCCUCCCCACACUUCUUUCAGUCACAUUCUGAGGAAGGAUGGCCUCUCAUGGAAACACCUCUCAUUGAUCAACUCUUAACUUAGAGCCAAGAGGCAAAGGAGAUUUGGGGAAAUAGUAGUCUGGCUUCAAUGCAAUUCAGAGAACAUUCUAGAAGGAGGAGGCAGUGGUAUUGAAGUGACCAUCUAGUAUCAUAGUGAACUCAUUAUGAUAUACAGAGGUAGUGUAAACCACAGGAAGUGGAAACCUCAUCCUAUUCUUUUCUCUUCCAUUAGGGAUUCUUCAAUGGAAAAAUUCAGAACUGCUGUUAGAGGGUAAGCAAGUUCAUUUUAUCAAUGAAAACAGAGUCUCUGUGUAUUAUGAUCUUGGAACUGGGGCCACCAUUGUGGUGCAAAGAUUAUGACACUUCUUGUGUCCCUGGCAUCCCAUAUUAGAUCAUCGGUUCUGAUCUAGCUCCCUGCUAAUGCUCCUAGGAAAGCAGCUGAUGAUGGCUCAAGUGCUUGGGCUACUUCACCCUACUUUGGAAAAACAGAUGGAAUCCCUGGCUCCUAGCUUGGCCUACUUCCAAACCCCAGCCCCAACCAUCACAACCAUUUGCAGAGUGAAACAGCAGAUGGAAGAUGUCCUUGUCCCUUCCUCUCUUUCUCUGUCACUUUUCUUUGGAAUAA